AUGCCCUCAUAUGGUAAAUUUCUGAAGGAGCUCCUCACUAAGAAAAGGAAGUACAUUGAAGAGGAAACCAUUGAAGUUCAAGGAAACUGCAGUGCUAUCAUACAAAAGCUUCUACCUCCCAAGUUGAAAGAUCCAGGAAGCUUCACCAUUCCUUGCACUAUAGGAAAUAUCUCUGUUGGAAAAACACUAAUUGAUUUGGGAGCCAAUAUCAAUCUCAUGUUGCUCUCCAUGUUUGAAAAGAUUAAAGGUUUGGAACUCAAGCCUACUCGGAUGACUCUUCAACUAGUAGAUAGAUAUCUGAAAUAUCCUUUUGGGGUAGUUGAAGAUGUGCUUUUGAAGACUGCAAGAGUUUUGAUUGAUGUGGAAAACGACAAACUGAAGGUGAGAGUGCAAGAUGAAGAAGUAAAUUUUGAUGUUUUUGAAGCUAUGUCUCACCCAAAGGAUGACACGGAGUGUUUCCAUCUUGACACUCUUGACGAAAUUUGCAUGAUACAAGAGAAGAAAGCAAGUGAUAUCUUUCUUCUGGAGGAGACACUAGUUGACACUUGUGAAGAAUUGAAUGAGAAAGAAGAAGAAUUGAUUGAUGAGUGCUUGGAUGAUUUGAAAGAGUUGAAAGAAGUCCCUUUGCAUAAGAUGAAAGAGAUCAACAUAGAAGAAAAAGUCAAGGAAAGCAAAUUGGAGCUGAAGAUGUUACCACCACACUUAAAGUAUGCGUUCUUAGAAUAA